AUGCUGGGCGGCUGCUGUACACUCCUCGUUCCCGUGCUGGCUGUCCUCGUGGGCACUGGUUUGGUGAAGAUCGAUGUCACGCCUUUGUUUUGUGCCACAGGGAAGCUCUUACCCAGCUACGCGAUGAAGGGCCCAGGUGACAAAGAUUUGCUAGUUCCCAACAAGGAGAUCCGCAACUUUAUGAAGAAAGUUGGGACGAAGGGAGGCACUGCAGCCUUCCCGUUGCAGGGGGUCUACAUGUUUGAUCAGAUGGGCCCAGUCGGCUGGAUUGAUUUCUCAAAUCUGAAAUUGGAUUCUUCUUCCAAGGCCGGCGACAUCAACAUCUGGGACUGCACUGCACAAGCUGACGUUCCGGAACCAAAAUUUGGAGGCAUUGGUCCUUUCAUCCCUGGCUCAUACUUGAUACCUUAUGCUGAGAAGAUGCAAUACAAAGUGCGCUUCUACUGUCCCAGUACAUUGCAAGAUGGAGAAUAUUGCUUUGUAGGCGACUCUUUCUUUGGCAAGCCAUUCUCAGACACAUACGAAGCGGGCCCAAUGCUCUGGCAUCUGACACAGUAUGACGGCGGGCGAAAGUACGUCAGGGACACAUGGAUUGUCCCACCAUGGGCCACUCCAGAUGAGACAUACGCGAAGACGCACACGCAAUUCCACAGCUACAACCUUCUCCGCUUGAUGUAUCCAAAUGGUACCAUUGACGAGGAGCACUUUGCCCUCUUCAUGGAGAAACAGAAUGGACAAGAUCUCGUGGCGCUGAGCUUCUCCAAGACCGCAUUUCUUGCCGAAGGUCGAGGGCCGUCCAAGCUGGAUGUUGGGAGGAGGCAAGGGCUCCUUGGAAGUAUGGCCUCCAUGCUGUGUGCGGAGGCCCUUGGGAAUGAGCUUGAAGAGGCUCAAGCCGUUGGGGUGGCAUUCGACUAUCGCAAGUUGGAUGAGAUCGAUCCAUCUACCAGGAAGAUCGUGGGAGACUUGAACUCCGAGAAGGCCCAAAAGGCCAUCGCUCUCAUUAGCGAUGCAAAGCAGAAAGCGGAGACCCUGUUCAGGAAUUACAAAGAGGAUGUCACUGUGAGGUGGAAGCCAUUUUUGACUCCGAUUCCGGAAAUGAGAGCGGCCGUGGAGGAGAUCCAGGAGCUUUUUGACCAGGAGUCGAAGAAAGACGUUGAGCGUGUUGGCAGACUACUCCUUUCAGCUCGAUAUAAGCUGAACGAGGCGCCAAGUGUGAAUCCCAAAAUCUCUGAAUCAGCUUGGAUCUCAGCAACGGGAUCUUGGACACAGUAUGCCCUUGACAAACGCCUCACAGGGACCGUUCAAUGUCUUGGGACCAAUGCUCGCUUUAAACUGCCUGUUGAACAUGUUGCCUGGUGCCUGGGCUCAUGCAAACAAGUAACAUAA